CCUGUUUGUUUUGUUUUUUUAAUUAUUUCUGGGAAUUUCCCACUUUCAAAUGGAUGUUCCCUUCUUUCUUUCUCUCUUUGUCCUCUCUCAUCUUCUUCUUCUUCUUCACUCGUUCUCGGCCCAAGAAGACAACAAAAUCCAGGUUACUUGUCCCAAAUUCUUCGACUGCAAACCAUUCCAUCAACCACUAAGCUUUCCAUUCUCCAAUUCUACGUAUUCCCAAUGUGGGUUGUGCACGGUAACUUGUGGUGUACCGAAUCGACAUCCACAAAUUCAACUGGUAAACGAAGGACCGUUGUACGAUGUCAUACCAUGGUACGAUGUCAUACCAGUAGAAAACAUAUCCAAAAACAUAUAUCAUGUCCAAAUCCAUGACCAAAUUCUCCAAACCCAUUUAGAAAAUCGAAAUUGCAACGCCUUCACGGAUUUGAAGUUUCCCAACUCUUCUUCUAUUUCAUUUACAGUAAUCAAUUCAUUUCUCCCCUUCUUUAAAUGCGACAAAAGUUCUGAUCUGGUUUCCCCCACAGAAGAUCAUUUCAAGGGUUAUCACAAUUACACAAAAUGCAAAGACUACAAUUUGUACUACAAAUUUCCAGACGAUCCACUCCCCCCUCCUCCCCCUGAUCUACCUAGCUGCUCAGUAAUUCACCUGCCCCUGAAUUCUUCAAACAUGAAUGCUACUGCCAGUGACCCAUUCCAUCUGUUAGCCACUACCUUCCCUCUCGAAUUGCGCGUGUCCGAGGAUUGUCAGAAGUGUUACCAGGGAGGAGGCCAAUGUCAAAAUGACAACCAGACAUUUCACUGUGCAACCACCAAUAAAGGAGGAACUAGGCCCAGAUGGAUUCUAGCCACAGCUAUACCUGGAGGUGUUGUCUGCUUGCUCAUAUUUAUUAUUAGUUGUCGCAAGAAAUGGAAUUAUGUCUCUUCAUAUUUCGUUUCAAGGAAAACUUCUUCAAAUACAUCCUCAAAAGAUGACAUCGAAGGGGGUACUAUCUUCUUUGGAGUCCAUGUGUUCUCAUACACAGAACUUGAAGAAGCAACUAACAAUUUCGAUCCUUUACAAGAACUCGGAGAUGGAGGUUUUGGCACUGUGUACCAUGGCAAACUCAGGGAUGGGCGGGAAGUUGCAGUCAAACGCCUAUACGAGCACAACUACAAGCGAGUGACACAGUUCAUUAAUGAAGUUCAAAUCCUCACGUGCUUGCGCCACCGUAAUCUUGUCUCCCUUUAUGGUUGCACCUCUCGCCACAGCCGUGAACUCCUCCUUGUUUAUGAGUACAUUCCCAAUGGCACUGUUGCCGAUCAUCUACACGGUGAUCGAGCAAAGAAAGCCUCACUCACAUGGCCUGUUCGCAUGAACAUAGCUAUAGAAACCGCCAGUGCAUUGACUUACCUCCAUGCUUCUGAUAUCAUCCACCGUGAUGUCAAGACUAACAACAUACUCCUCGACAACAACUUUGGUGUCAAAGUUGCAGAUUUCGGGCUUUCAAGACUCUUCCCCACCGAUGUCACUCAUGUCUCAACCGCUCCACAGGGGACUCCUGGUUAUGUUGAUCCAGAGUAUCACCGUUGUUACCAACUCACUGAUAAGAGUGAUGUCUAUAGCUUUGGGGUUGUGCUCAUUGAGCUCGUAUCAUCACUGCGAGCUGUUGACAUUAGAAGGCAUGGGCAUGAGGUUAAUUUGGCUGACUUAGCGAUAAACAGGAUUCAAAAUCAUGCAUUUGUUGAGUUAAUUGACCCUUUUCUUGGGUUUGAGUCAGAUUCUUUGAUAGAGAGGAUGACUACCUUGGUGGCAGAGCUGGCUUUUCAGUGUUUGCAACGCGAAAAGAAAAUGAGACCUACAAUGGAUGAGGUUUUGGAAGCUCUGAAGGAAAUUCAGGAGUACAAAUAUGACAACAUCGGGAAGGAAAUCGACACUGUUGGGGUGUUGAAUUGUACCCAGCCACCACCUUCGCCCGAGAGCGAUGACGCUGUGUUGUUGAAGAAUAGCAAGGCAGCACUUUCACUGGAUUCAGUCACCGAUAGUACCUCUGCCACAUCCAUUUCCAGUGGCUAAGUCUUCAUUUUACUCUGCUUUACUUCAAAGGUAGAUCCUAAGAAAAUGUUUAACACUUGUAAUCAUAUUCAUGCGAGUGGAUUGCAUUUCGUUUUCUUUACAUAUAUGGUUGUCUUUGUUACUGAUAUGUAUCAGAUAAUUAUAUCGAGGGAAUGUAUACAGUUAAUGGAUCUCUCAUUUGUAUGUUCCAAUUUCCCAUUUCAGUUAUGGUUCAAUUCCCAUUUCA